UCUCAUAUAUGCGGAUGAAGUAUCUCUUCAUCUCUUGGUUAGUAGUAUUUAUUGGCAGCUGGGUUAUGUAUGUUCAGUACUCCACCUACACAGAACUAUGCAGAGGACAUGACUGUAGGAAAAUAAUAUGUGAUAAAUACAAGACUGGAGUUAUUGAUGGGUCAGCAUGUAGCAGUCUUUGUGCUAAAGAAACAUUGUAUUUUGGAAAAUGUUUGUCAACAAGGCCCAAUAACCAGAUGUAUUUAGGAAUCUGGGGAAAUCUUCAAAGUGUUAUAAAAUGCCAGAUGGAAGAAGCUGCUCAACUUGAUUUUGGUACUGACCCAGAACCAAGGAAGGAAAUAGUCCUAUUUGAUAAACCAACAAGAGGAACCACUGUUGAGAAAUUCAAAGAAAUGGUUUAUGGUCUUUUUAAAGCAAAAUUGGGCGAACAAGGAAAUCUUUCAGAACUGGUUAAUCUCAUCCUGUCUUUUGCUGAUGGAAACAAAGAUGGCAGAGUUUCUUUGCCAGAGGCAAAAUCUGCAUGGGCACUUCUACAGCUAGAUGAGUUUCUGUUAAUGGUGAUCUUGCAGGAUAAAGAACAUACUCCCAAGUUGAUGGGCUUUUGUGGGGAUCUCUAUGUGACUGAAAGAGUUGAAUAUACCUCUCUCUAUGGAAUCAGCCUUCCAUGGAUUAUAGAACUUUUAAUUCCUUCUGGCUUCAGGAGAAGCAUGGACCAAUGGUUUACACCAUCUUGGCCAAGAAAGGCAAAAAUAGCUAUCGGGCUUUUAGAAUUUGUAGAAGAUAUUUUCCAUGGACCUUAUGGAAACUUUCUUAUGUGCGAUACCAGUGCCAAAAUCUUGGGCUAUAAUGAUAAAUAUGACUUGAAAAUGAUGGACAUGAGAAAAAUUGUUCCAGAAAUUAAUUUGAAGGAAAUAAUUAAAGAUCGUCAGUGUGAAUCAGAUUUGGACUGUAUUUAUGGUACAGACUGUAGAACUCUCUGUGACCAGAGCAAAAUGAGAUGUACCACAGAAGUAAUUCAGCCAAACUUGGCAAAAGCCUGUCAGCUACUUAAAGACUAUCUGCUUCGUGGUGCUCCUUCUGAUAUCCGUGAAGAACUAGAAAAACAACUGUAUUUGUGUAUUGCCCUUAAAGUCACAGCAAAUCAGAUGGAAAUGGAGCAUUCUUUAAUACUCAAUAACUUAAAAACUUUACUAUGGAAGAAAAUUUCCCAUACAAAUGAUUCUUAACUUCUUCACCAGCAGAAGAUCCUGAUGCCUGCCACUAGAGGUGGCCUAUCACAUUUGAUAAGAAUGAUCUGCAGCAUUUUUUAAAGACAUUUCUUUACUCAAGAGUUCAUGAAUGGCUCUUUAAUUCUUACC